CCCAAAUCUUUGAUUCAUCAUCAUCAUCAUGGCUUCUGCUCCACCAGCGCCACCAACGAGCGAGCCGCCGCUCACCGUCGCCGCCGCACUCGCCAAGCACAUUGACCACCAGCGCAAGCUCCUCGUCCGGAUAGAAGCGCUCGAGAAGCGCGACUUCCACGAGCAGAUGCACUUUGAGCGGCUGGUCGAUCAGCUGCACAGUCUGCGGUCGCUGAUUCUGGGCAGCCCUGGUCCCGGCGCUCCAAACCCACAGCAGCACUGGCAGCACCAGCAGCAGCAACACCAGCAGCAGCAACAGCAACGGCAGCCGCAGCCGCAGCAACAGCAGGUCCCCCAGCGACCCCCUCCGCUGCAGUCGAGCGCGUUCGCAGCGAGCGUCCCUUCCUCUGCCGGCCCACCGAGUGCUGCUGCUACUGCUGCUACUGCUGCUACUGCUGCUGGCUCUGCUGGCUCAGAGUCGGGUGGCGCUGUGGGAGGCGCCGUUGGCUCGGAUCACUCGACUUCUACUUUGACCAACGACGCUGCGACCGCUGCUACUCAAGCAACCCCAGGCAACCAGCAGAAUUCAAGCGCACAGACUACUACUUCUACUGCUGCUGCUGCUGCUACCUCUGGACUGUCGGGCGAAGCGUCGUCGUUGGGAACAAGCACCGCGACCAACGCGAGCCAAGCGUCGUACGGAUCAAUUCUUCCGUUCGCUGCUCUCGCUGCUGCACCUGCACCGCGUAGAAAUACGGGCAGCGAUGCCUACAACCAAGGCAAUACAGCGAACAGCAGCGGUGGACUCGGUCCCCGCACCUCGUCGCUGCCAAGCUCCAACAAGCCCACCGCCCAAAGCCAAGGCCAAAGCCGCUCGUCCUCGGUGAGUGCUGCAUCUGCGUCCUCGUUCGUGUCAUCGAGCUCGACGUCGUACUACCACCAGCAGCUGCAGCACCAGCGCGAUUCACAGGCAUACUCCCGGCCGCUGUCAUCAACCGCCUCCCUCUCCAAGCUCGACGAAGAAGAGGACGUGGUUGUUCUUGGUGUUGCGUCCAUCAUGCGAGCGUCCGAGUUUGGCUUGGCGCCGCAGGCCUUUAGCGUCGAGGAGCACACUGUCGAAUCCGUCCCUCACGAAAUCUCCUUCACGGAAGCGGCCGACGUUCCGCCGCAGCAGCAGCAGCAGCACCAACAGCAGCACCAACAGCAGCACCAACACCGCUCUCCGCCAGCAGGUCUUGGAUCCGCUGCCACCCCCUCGGCAGUCUCGAACAGCGCCUCCAUCAAUGACACGGCCGAUUUGCUCCGCUCGCUCACAACGUCGCCGUCCACGUCCACUCGCGGAUCGCCCGUCUCCUUUUUGUUCUCGGGCAACGGCCACGGCGAGGAGAAUGGCAGCGAGCCGCCGCUGCUUGUCAUUCCCGCAGAGGAGUUUACCACGCUGCUCGCUCGGCUGCGCGAUAGCGACAACCCCCGCACGCGCGAAGACAUUACACGCAUCGCUGCCAACAAUUACAUGUUUACCGCCAGGCAGGUCGGCUCGGUGCUUUGCUCGCUCAAGUUUGCCGCAGAAAAGCUUGCCGCCGUGCGUGCCCUUGGUCCCCGCGUCGUCGAUGUCGAGAACGAGUCGGACAUCUUGACCAUGAUGCUCAGCGGCGAGUCCAUCAGCGAUCGGAAUCGGCUUAUUCAAGCGCUGAGUGCGUCCCGCGCGUAACACGAACAAAAACAAAAACAAAAAAAGGCAAAAAACUAAAGUUACGAUGCUGGUUUUUGGUUUCUCUCUUCUGUGACUAGGUGGUGGCUCAAGGUAGCCUGUUAAGUAAUGCUCGGCUCCAUAUUGAAUAAACACAGCGUGUGUCUUUUUCGCCAUGUAACACAUGCAAUAUUCGAACAUUCAAG